AGUCACAGCAAUUCUCUCUCUGUCUUACCUGCUCUCAUGUCUAUGUUUGCUUUUUAUUCUUUUCUCUUAAUAGACCAGAAGUUUCCAUCUUGGUCCCCACCGUCCCCGCCUCGGAAGUUCAAUGAAGGCAGACGCCUCCCUCCUGCCAGGAACAUGAAGGGCUUAUCGGGCAGCCGUUCCCAGCAUCAGAUUCCUUUACCCCAUGCUUUGGACUACGACCCUCAUGUCCAUGACCUCCACGCUCACCAUGGCUCUGACGCCCGCCAUUCAUCAUACCUGCUUAGCCCCACGGAGAGCUGCCCCAUGGACUUCCACCAUCGCUACUCACCCCGCAGCUCCAUCCACUCGGACUGCAUGAUGAUGUCCCCCGUCACGAUGGCCCCGCCUCCCGUGUCCGACCACAUCUCCAGCAGCACCUUUCCCCGAAUGCACUACAGCUCUCAGUAUUAUGACUCAGCCACGCGGGAAGACUGUGCUGCCAUCACAGCUUCCGCCACCUCCCCAGCUGUUGCUGCAGCUGCGGCCGCUGCAGCCGCCUCCGCCCACCACGCCGGCACCAAGAGCAACCGCCUUCCAGCUAAUCUGUUAGACCAGUUCGAAAAACAGCUGCCACUCCAUCGCGACGGCUUCCACACGCUACAGUACCAACGCACCUCCACGACCACCGAGCGCAGCGAGAGUCCCGGCCGCAUCAGACACCUCGUCCAUUCCGUACAGAAGCUCUUCACCAAGUCCCACUCGCUGGAAGGUUCCUCCAAGAUGAACGGCACCAAAGGGGACAUGGCAGGGGGUGGAGGAGGAGCAGGCGGUUACUACCAUCACGGCCACCACUCCACCAAACACGGUAGCAAGAGGAGCAAAAGUAAAGAACGGAAGCACCGCUCUGGGGGCUGGUGGAGCUCGGACGACAACCUGGAUAGUGAUAGCACCUACCGCACACCUAGUGUCAUGUCACGGCACCACGGGGAACACGUCAGCCACUACUAUCCCGAUUCCAUGCACAGCCACCACUUUGGAGAUUUGUCACUCAAGACCUCUAAGAGUAACAAUGAUGUCAAGUGUUCAGCCUGUGAAAGCAUGGCCAUGGCACCCGAGGGCAAAUUCAUGAAACGGAGCUCGUGGUCAACACUAACAGUCAGCCAGGCCAAGGAGGCUUACAGAAAGUCGUCACUAAAUUUAGAGAAACCCAUGAUGCAUUCAGACCAUAAACCUUCAUCACGAACAUGUCACUACCUUCAGGUGCCCCAGGACGAGUGGGGCGCAUACCCCGGAGAGAGGGACGAGGAGAUCCCGUGUCGGCGCAUGCGGAGCAGUAGCUACGUCAAAGCUAUGGGAGAGGUGGAUGACGAAAGCGGGGACUCCGACACCAGUCCAAAGACAUCUCCACAGAAGGCCAUUCGGCCUGAUGCUCUCGUCCUUAAAUCAGCCAUGCAGAGACCCCAUUUAGACCCCCAAAGCCAGGGUUACCAUUUGCAAACCAGAGAUAUGCGACCUCACCCAAGUGUCACGCUGGAUCCUGCCACCACCUUUCAUCCCCCUCCCUUUCGCUCUCGCAACCAGAGCUACAUGCGUGCCGUCAGCACCCUCAGCCAGGCUAGCUGCGUCAGCCAGGUGAGUGAGACUGAGAUCAAUGGCCAGUUUGAGUCAGUUUGCGAGUCCGUUUUUAGUGAAGUAGAAUCCCAGGCCAUGGAGGCCUUGGACCUGCCUGGUUCGUUCCGAACUCGAAGCCACAGUUACCUCCGUGCAAUUCAGGCUGGUUAUUCCCAAGAUGACGACUGCUUGCCUUCAAUGACAUCCUCCACUGUCACUUCAACUCUCAGAUCCACAACAGAGGGAUAUGAUGUUGUGGAUGCGACAUCUUUACUUAAUGACGACAUGAUAGAGGACGAUGAUGGUGCUAGCUCCUCUGCCUAUGCGGAGCUUGAGAGGUUGGAAAGAGAGACUGCUGCUGCUCGCAGCCAGCACAGUACUAGCUCCACGGUAACCGCAAUCUCCGUCCCGCCGGCGUCCCCGCCUUCAUACAGGGUCCCCUCUGCCUCCCCCUUAGCCACCUCUGAGCCACCGGUCCCUCAGGCCAUUCAGGCCUUUAAGGAGUCCGCUAACAUGGUCGCGGCCUUCAACUUGCAGUGGAAGGAUGAAAUCUCGGCAAUGCGUUACGAGUUAGCAGAGCUGCGAAGGGAUGUCUGCGGCGAAUUGAAAACGUUCAACAGCAACUUCUUCAACUUUACUCAGUGCUACAACAUGUGGACUUUGUGUCGGGAGCCGUGCAGCGACAGCACCACUCAAACCGACGACAGAGUGUCCAUCGGAAUUCAAGCAGGCUCGAGCUGGUCGGUUCGACACAAUACAGUAGACAAGUCCGUUAUGUGCCAGCCAGAGCCGGCACCGUUCAGCAUCAUGGAUUUAAUGAACCCACCUCGAAUUGAAAUCAUCGAGGGAACUCCAGAGAGUACGCCAGAGGGAUCAGGUAGUCCUGCUAGCCCACUACCAAUAGAGGACUUCCCAUGGGAGAUCAUCAAAAAGCAAAAGGCUUAUAAGCAGCCAGACACAAGUGGUCACACGGGUGGUCAUAGAAGCGCCAGUCUAGAGCUGUGGAGCAGGAAGUACACCAGUGGGCCCAUGUCAUAUUUGUCUAUGUCAUUCUAAUCAUCCACAUCUUCUGCAUAUGGUAAGGUGAGCUAGUGAGGCCGGCACAGAAACCUGACGGUGUUCGAGAAAAGCUGGGCAGUGCUGUGAUUGUUAGUCUCUUUAUUCUAUGCAGACACAGAGUCUGUCACCUCUUGAACAGGUUAUGAUAUUGUUCAAGUAAUUUUAACCAGUUUCUUGCAUAGCCAUGGAAUAAAAGCGGACGAUUUUGUUUUGCCCCACACUAAGGCAUGAGAACACGAGCCAGAAAGCGGAUGAUAUUUCAGACCCUCAAGUGCCAACAAGUGCAGCAUCAUCCACCCUCCACUGUCUUAAACACCUAACCUUAAAAGAAAGAUAAAUCAACUUAAGUACAUAUGAUUGGGAAAACUGAGGGAUGUUUAGUAAUAAAUGUCAAUAAUCAGCCAUUGUGCAGUGAGGCACUCAUCAGCCUGUUUCUGCACAUGAAUCUGAAUAGCUCAUUCCAGUUCAUUCCAGUUUCUUAUCAUGUAGAAACAGACUAAGCACCUACCGGUAUGUAUACUGAAAAAAUACUGUGAAUAACUUUAUAAACCCUAGUUUUAUAAUGAAUGCAUAAAGAUGAAGACAUUAUUUAAGAAUAUAUUGAUAUAUUAUUUACUCUUUAGUUAUCCUAAUCAAUGCAUUCCUUUGCCAUAGCCUCCAUUUGUUUUGUAGCCAGUCCCUGAUUAAAUGGGCAUUUUUGAAUUUGGAGACACAGAAAUGUUCUCAGUGGGGAAGUUAUGAACCGCAACUAUAAUACAUACUGUGAUUGCAAGGAUUGGUUGUAUUUUACCCCCCUUUUAAAUUUGUAAAAGUCAAAUCCUCUGUAGAGAUUGCACUGUGUCAAGGCUCCAAGGGCGUAGUCCCUGAACAAAAUUGUUUACAAUGAAUCAUUUUGGCUGACCGCGAAGUGAAAUGGUUUGAGGAAAGUAAAGCAGAAAGGAAGAUCUACAUUGAUCAUGAAGUAUGAAUGUAUUGGCUUCAGUUCAUUCCUGCACAAACUUGUUGAUGUUCAAACUAUGUAUAUGUACUAUAUAAAUGUACCAUUUUGUAUAUAAAGAAACUUAUAUUCAAUACUUCUACUGUUUGCAGUAACAAAAAAUACUGUGUUCUGAUAUCGCUAAGAGGAAUUUUAGUUGUUAUGAUGGUUCUGAACCAAACAGGUCUUCACAGUUCAUUUCCAUUCGUUUCAUAGCUUUCAUAUUUAAGUUUUUUUUCACCUCAUGAAGAAAGUAAUUUUUCAUUCCAGGAUAUUUUUUUUGUAUUACAUGCAGCUGUGACUGUAAGUUUUUGAAUGUUUAACAGUGUCUUAUCACCACUCUGUUUUGGAGCAGACUGACUAAAACAUCCUUACAUUUUUUACUGUGUUUUUUAAAUAGAUUUCAUCUCAUUUUCAAUUGCCACAUUAUUUUGGUAAUGGAGACUAGGACAGUUCAUCACAUCUGGAAUAUAACUGAAAAACAUAGGACCCCAUUAGUAGACAAUCAGAGCCACUAAGGGCCUCUACCUCUAAAACUUGUCCCCAGAGGUGCAGUACUGCUGAAUGUACUAACACCGCCUCACUAGUGAUGGCUUAACCGGGCUCCUGUCAAACCUUAAUAGGUGGGAGUCCAGAUUCAUCUGCUUCUUGUGGCCAAAUACUCGUUUUUUCUAUUACUGAUAAAGUAAUAGUUGGCCAUUGGUCACUACCCUUCCCUUUUACCUCCCCUUCACUGUCCCACUGUGCCAACAUGAAGUACCAAAGUUCAUUCUGAGGCGCACGGAUCCGAGGCCAAUGAAAAACCCAGGUUUGACAUCUCUUAGUUUUGGAUGAUCAGCGCCGGUAGCACAGGACUAUGGAAAGCUCAUAUGUAUCAGACCCCUGAGUGAAAUGUGAACCAUUCAAUAAAGGAGAAGCAUUACCUCCCACUUUAAAAAGAGAGUGCAUCUUGUUCCCCUUUUUCAUGACCAAAAUAUAAAAUUUGCAGAAAACGUGGCAUUUUGAAAAGAGGAUGUUUUUAUAACGGGUAAGAUCAGCACCAAAAAUUGAAGCCGGAAAUUUGGAAACAUUUUCCCUCCACUUCUUAAACCUGAAUUCAAAUGCCUAGCUGAAUGAUACGCUCGCUUUGAUAAUCUCAUCUAUAUUUCACAGGAGGGCAAAUUGUUAAUGUAUGCUGUUCUUUUAGUUUGUGGUUUUGUGACAAAGAAGAAUCAGUUGAAGUGUACUGCAAGUGAUCCUUGAAGCAACUUAGUCUCACAUUAGAGUGUGAAAUUACUACGACGGUCCACCGUAUAGAGCAGCUUCACAAUGAUUCAACAAGGCAAAGAUGUCAUGUCUUACAUUUUAUUACAUUCAAAAACAAAUGGGACACUGACAGUUACGAUGAUCUUACCCAGUAUUGUCCAGCUCCUUUUGAAACCUUUUGUCGUAUAUGGUUAUGCAUAAAUAAUGAAGAACCUGAGGCUAGGCUGAAAUAUUCUUCAAUACAGGUUUAUGUCGACAGAAUAAUUCUGAAUACAAAACAACAGUUGAAUGAUUGAAACAGUUAAAAAAUGUCACCAUAUUGGUUAUUGUGACUCAACUAUGUUUUAUAAUGUUUUAGUAAAGCACCUCUCACAGGUUUCUCCCGAGAUAGGACUGUUUUCAAAGUUCAUUAUUUGCAAAACAUAAGAAAUUUUCAAAGCUUCUAACCUAUUGUUGUUAUAGACAAAAUGAUUCUGAAGUUUCCAUUAAAGACCAGCACAAAUGCUGGAUUAUCAUGGAUAAAUCAUGAAAGGCUUAUGACUGUGACAACUUUUAGUCUUUACAUUUAUAUAUAUUAAGAGUUGUAAUCAUAUCUUUGCUUUUUUGGUUGAUAAACAGGGGAUUGCACUACCAUUUGUUACUUCAGUUUUCCCUUUGUCUGGGGAAUAAACACAUUUUUUAAAAGGUGCUGUAGACUAGCCAGUCAUGAUGUCUCCAAACUACAUCCAUUCAUACUAUGCAAGUCCUCUGUUUUUUGAUGUGUCAUCUUAAUGUGCUCUAUUGUGCAGAUGUUAAGCAUUUACGUUAAGCCUUCAUGCAAGUCAUCAAUGCCUGAAAAGGAAUGGAACACUGAAAUAUAUUGGUGGCUUUUUUAUGGUGAUAUUGAAUAUAUU